GUGUACAAAGUCUGUGUGCCUAGGUGACGAAAGCUCCCAGUCUCUCUCGUUCAGCGUGUUACAUAUCUUCGCCAAACUAGAAGAUGUCAGAAGGGAGAUGAGGAUUCACAGAGAGGGAUACAGACCGUAUUCAUAAACCUAGGCAAUAACGCCAGAUCGCAAGGCUCGCUUCAUGAAAGGACACCAUCUCCACACAGCAAAGACGAUUAAUCACAAACCCCAGCAGCUUUCUCGACAAAUUUCACCCUGGCUUCAGUUGGCUGCGGUGAAUGUCCGAAGAUUGCCUUCAUUGCGUUUCCGGUCCUCGUGGAGAAACAUACUUAUAAAAGUUCGAUUCUGGAUCAUUGGACCGUCAGGAAAGGUCGCAGCGUUUAGGUGGGCAGCGCAGGGGCUUGGGCUCUAGAGGUGGAGCUUACUACCCUCGAGCCGAUGGAGGCAGAGGAGGAGGAGGAAGGGGAUCGACCUGAAGAUACGAAUGACAAGGACGAGGAGAGGAAUGGACUUGCAGCAGACGAGUGAGGAAGUUCGGCAGGGCAGAUGACGAAUCCCUGCUACGAUUUCGCCUUGCGUUCGCACUCCAACAUUCCCAACUCUUACGUUCAACGGCGACACGAGCCCAGAAGGGCUCCCUCCCCGGCAUCGCCUUCUUCUCAGGAAUCGGAUUUCUUCGACGACGAUCACAAUCAUCAAAAUCACAAUCACAACCAUCGAAAUCGCGGUGACCGGGGUCGCUGGAAAACUGACGGGACAGUAAGCAUCGCCGAAGGCUACGAGGAUUCCAUCCUUCAGCGUCAGUCUUCUCCUUCGUCAGCAUGUCAAUGCCCCAACUGUGCCUGCCAUCGUGAAUCAGCUUAUCAGGAUCCCGAUGCAUCUGCUCCUCGUCGUCCCCGCUCUUCUCGAGGCCUUUCUUCCUCUGGUGGUUCAGAUCAACACGAUAGUAGAAAGCAUCCACCUCCCGUGCCCAAAGUCGACCAUUCUCUAUGGAACCCUCUGCAAUUGCUCAGACGGCCUCACACAUCGUCCACGCGAGAGCGAGAACGAGGCCGAGACCGCGAGUGGAGCCGUCCCAACAGUUCGGCGUGCGCUCUGGGGCCCUUGCGGCCGAGGUCCGAGGUCUCCAGAUCGAGAGAUGUGUGCCCGAGGAGAGGAGAAUCGCACCCUUCCAGCAGCAGCAGAAGCCCGCCCAGAUCGUCCAAGGUUCGGUCCCUCCGCAGAACCCAACAGCAGAGGAGGCUGUCGCCUCGCAAAUCGCCCAGUAGAUGCAGCACUGGCAGCAAAAUUCCAUCCGCCAGCACCAGAAGGUACCACCACACUGACCCCCUCGCUCCUCCUCCUUGGCGAGACCCUUCCUGGACGGAAAAGCUCGACAUUGCAUGCCAGACCAGACGGGAGGAAUUCCCUCUGACCCCCGAAGAAACUCCGAGAGCCAGCCCCGUCCGGAGAGUGAUUUCUUCUGAUUCAUCCUUCUACCAUGAUCGCGCCCCCAUCGCUGCCCGACCCUUCUCUUGCCCAGCGGCUGCUGCUGCCACUCAGAGGAGACCGUCUCCGUGCAGGUGUCUGACAGCGACCGCAGCAGCGGCUGCUGCGCCACGAGGUUGUUGCUGCAAUCAUUGCGUUGGGUGGCAAGAGAGAGCGACAUGUCCUAAAGCUGUGGUGGCAGCGCCACCGCUCCAUCACGCUUGUGCUGCCUGUCAUCACGGAUUUUGUUCCAGAGCUGCUGAGCCCAUUAGGAAUGGCGAGUGUUGUCCCAAAUGCCAUCAACCUGUACCUGCCACCAAAGCGAGAGAGAUGGAUUGAUGGAUUAAUUUGAUAGAAUUCUACAAACAGUUGGACAAUCGGUGCGAUUGUCCCGGAACGUCACAAUCUUUGAUCUUAUUUGAGGUUUUUAUUCCGAAUAGAGAAUGCGAGAAGAGAAGGAUUUGAGGAUUACCGAUAGUUGCAUCCCAGACUGGAUGAGCUGUUUUUCAUGCCAGGGCCAACUUCUGUGAGGACGUGCACUUGCUUCGAUGACGUUUUCCUGCUCCCGCUGUCAAAACGGAAGAAGCAAAGGGUUUGCCUCACGAUGUAAAUCGAGCAUCGCUCGCGCUCUGGAGCUCUGCAAUCCUUUCCCUCAACUGUGCAUAUAUCUUUCCUUGUGCCAUUGCUGAAAGACAGAUCUGUAAGAUUUCUCAUUUCGAGGAAUCUUUCGAACGGAUCCGAAUUGGACCCUGACAGUAGAUUCCAGCGUUCCUUGCCUCCACUCCAGCUCGACAGACAUGACCAGCUUCUAAUCUGCUCUGCGCAGGAGCGGUGAUUGGUCUCGGCGCUAGAUCUUCCAAUUAAACUUCUGAGUCUGAAACGUCUUCAGCUCGCCGUCCUGUCCAGGUCUGAGUAUGUUCGUCAUGCACUUUGCUCUCCUAUAAGGCGGCAGCUUUCUCAAUUUCCCUCUUGACUCAAAUUCAGCGAAUUUGACUGCCUUGCCACGUGACUCGCGAGGGACUGCAUCUAUUGGAAUCAUCAGACUUGUUCUAGUUCUUCGUGUAUGGGAGAGGGCGUGAGUUUUCAAAAGGGAGAUGCAGCACAAGGCUAGGACGCCAG